AUGGCGAAGCCCAAAGAAGAGUUCUCAUGUGAGAUGUUCAGUAAUAAAUACUUCAUGCUGUGUGCUGCGGGAGGAGCUGUCGCCUGUGGUAGUACUCAUACUUUAUUAACCCCCUUGGACUUAGUUAAGUGCAGAUUGCAAGUAGAUCCUGCCAAGUACAAGUCCAUAUUCAAAGGUUUCGGAAUAUCCUUAAGUGAAGGUGGAAUAGCAAACCUAGUAAAAGGUUGGGCCCCAACACUUAUCGGUUAUACUCUCCAAGGAUCUGCAAAAUUUGCUGGCUAUGAAUAUUUCAAAUAUAAGUAUGCAACUAUGGUGGAUGAAGAAAGUGCUUAUUUAUACAGAACAUACCUAUAUUUGGCCGCGGCUGCAUCGGCAGAAUUUGUUGCAGAUAUUUUUUUAGCACCGUUUGAAGCCGUUAAAGUAAGAAUGCAAACGACACCAGGUUAUACAUCUCAGAUGAGAAAAGCUAUGCCUCAUAUGAUGUCUACAGAAGGGUUCGGUGUUUUUUAUAAAGGUUUGACUCCUCUUUGGGGAAGACAAGUUCCUUAUACAAUGAUGAAAUUCGCAUCUUUCGAAAAGACGUUAGAGUUUUUAUAUGAAAAUGUAGUGCCAAAACCUAGAGAACAGUGCACUAAAGUUGAGCAGUUAAUUGUCACCUUUGCUGCUGGAUAUAUAGCUGGUGUUCUCUGCGCCAUUGUAUCACAUCCUUCAGAUACGAUCGUCUCCAAGUUGAAUAAAGACCCGAGUUCUUCUAUCGGAGGCAUAAUAUCCGAAGUUGGGAUGAUUGGUAUUUGGCGCGGGCUAGUUGCUCGUAUCAUAAUGAUUGGGACUCUGACAGGCCUGCAAUGGUUUAUAUAUGAUGCCUUCAAAGUAUAUACCCAAAUGCCACGCCCUCCACCGGCUGAAAUGCCGGAAUCUUUAAAAAAGAAAUUAGCUGGAAAGUGA